AUGGGCGGCUACAGCACCGGCGCAGGCGCGGAAUACAUGUCCGACCGGGCUGAGUCGCAGAACAGCCACAACCUCCAGCGGAAAAGGAAGUACGCGCACCUAGAGGCAGGAGCCGCCGGGUCUCCUGGGCAGAGGCCGCGUGGAGACUCCUCACGUCGCGGUACUGCACGGAUCCCCUCAAAAUAUGCAGAUGUAGGUGAUGACGAGUGCUUCAAUGGCCACGGCUCGCCUCCUUCUGCGCCUAGCUAUGGCUGGGUGGGAGACCUCAGGCUGGACUUGCCCGUGGAUGAGGAUGAUUAUCUCAUGCCUUCAACACAGCCAUCGGGCUUAGCUACUGUGGGUCCAUCUCACCAACACUAUAUGGAUCUCAUGGCAGAUAAUCCAGAUGGACGUCGAAACGAUCACCUGCGUGCAUACAAAGAUCCCAACGCCACAGCCGGGCAGUGGGUCGGAAUGGACAACCCGGUUGUUCAUCACAUGAUGAACAACCGGGCCCAGAUGCAUGCAGGGCGACGCAUCCACCCACAACAGACAGUUGGGGUACCGGUGUUAGAGCCUGGCCGACUCAGCAGUUACGGAGGGAGCAGCGGCCAUAGCAGUGUCAGUAGCAACGGAGGCCCUCAGCAACACCAGCAUCACCAUCCUCACCCACCAGAAAUGGCUCACGAGUAUUACAACGAAAUCUCGUCCCACACACCUCACACACUUGGCCACGCAGUGAAACAACCGUCUGAGUGCUUGGUGGUCUCUGAAGUGUUUGCCUUCUUCCCUUCCAUUCUGAGAACCGUGUUUUUUAAACUGUGUUUAUAGUCUUAAAUCUCUGUGGACGGAAGAUGGUUGUUUCGUGUUCAAAUGUGUCUUUCCCUGGAACUUAUGUUGGACCUCUGAUUGAGCUGAAAGGACAUGGCGAACCAAGGAGUUGUGAUGUACAAUAAUGUGUUGUGAUGUAUUUUAUAGGCGUGAGAUCGAAGGAGACAAAGGCAGACAGGGAGCCACAAGCCAAAGUAGAGAUGGCGAUCAGUGCUAUGGAAUGUAGUGUGACCAAGGGACCACAAGGUGGCAAGAGCAAAGUGCAUUAUAUUCCAUAUACUGUUCUUUUAAAACAUUUUUAACUUGUGAUAUGUGAGGAUGCAAGUUUCUGUGUACAUGGAUUUAAGUGGACUGCAAGAUUUGAGCAACAGCUAAAGUCUAUGGCCAUUUUGUGAAAGUGAAUGCUACUCGUGUGGACAGACAAGACUGAGGGAAAAAGUCUGUCAGCAAGAACUCUUGCAGAGUUCAUCUUAUACUGGGAUUUUAAUAUGGUUUUAUGUAUUUGACCAUUUUGCAUUGUUCCAAUAGUACUGGUGUAUAACCUGUGGACCAACCAGCCCAUGGAAGCUUGUAACUAUUGAUGAUAUUGACAGUUAGACAC